AUGCGUAGAGAGCACCAGAAAGCUGAUUGGAAGAAACAUAAGCGUGUUUGCGAAGACCUGAAGUUCGCGAAAGAGUACUUGGAGGAAGUCUGCCAGGCUUGGAAGCUCCUUGACGAAGAAGAAGACGGAACAUCAGGCAUCUUGACGUCCACUCCCAACACAGUUCCAAGGCAGCAAAAGAACAAGGAAUCUGAAUCGAGUAAGGGAAAGCAGCAAUCUGGGCCCACUCAGCCAAGCAACAGCGCCUCGUCGAGCAAGCAGAGCCAGGGAAAAGACAAGGCAAAGAGCACAGCACAACCCAAACCCGAGAUGCGCACCGUACGUAUGCACUGCACGCCUCUAAGCUUCCAAGAAGUGAAGCCUUGGGACUUUUACUGCGAGAUCCCCGCAUCUCUCAUUAUCCCCGCAGAGAUGCACUCGAGCCCACCCCCAACAUACGAACGCGAGUUCGGAGAAGCCAUGCCUCCAAUCAUCGCAGAACACCAGAACGAGUUCAACACAAGGAGUGGUCCAAAAUGCUUAGUCUGCAAAGAAGCCCCGACAAGAUACGGAAAGACUUUCUGCGUCUCCCAACUCCACACGCCGGAACCGUUUGUUGUCAUUGGCAUCGUGCCAACUUGUGGUACAAAGAAAUGUAUAGAUGGGGCUAGCGAACUUAUGAAAGUCUUCAGAGCGGAUCAAAUGAACGUUGAGCAUCAGAAGCGGGACUGGCCGAUUCACAAGGGUAUCUGCAAGGCCUUGAGAAGUGUUCAUGAUCUUGCGGAGGAGACAGGACAUUUGGGCUUGGAAUGA